GGGUACACGCGGCCCGCUGGGCUGGCGUCCCACAGCUGUCGCCGACAUCACUUAGCGGAGUGAGCGUGGCCUCCAAAGGGCGCCGGGCGCCGGAGCCAUGACCCUCCGCCGACUCAGGAAGCUGCAGCAGAAGGAGGAGGCGGCGUCCGCGCCGGACCCCGCUGGCCGGGCUCCGGACUCGGAAGCCGCUCGAGCCGCGCCGGCCCCGACCACCUCGGGCCCCCCGUCUGCCGCCGCUCCACCCGGAGCCCCGGGGGACGAGCUGUACGCGGCGCUGGAGGACUAUCACCCUGCCGAGCUGUACCGCGCGCUCGCGGUGUCCGGGGGUACCCUGCCCCGCCGAAAGGGCUCGGGAUUCCGUUGGAAGGAUCUCAGCCAGAGUCCUGAACAGCAGCGGAAGGUUCUGACUCUGGAGAAGGGGGACAACCAGACCUUUGGCUUCGAGAUCCAGACGUAUGGCCUUCACCACCGAGAGGAGCAGCGGGUAGAGAUGGUGACCUUCGUCUGCCGAGUCCACGAGUCCAGCCCUGCCCAGCUGGCUGGGCUCACACCAGGAGACACCAUUGCCAGUGUCAACGGGCUCAAUGUGGAAGGCAUCCGGCACCGGGAGAUCGUCGACAUCAUCAAGGCCUCUGGCAACGUCCUCAGACUGGAAACUCUGUACGGGACCUCCAUCCGGAAGGCAGAACUGGAGGCGCGCCUGCAGUACCUUAAGCAAACUCUGUAUGAGAAGUGGGGAGAGUACAGGUCGCUCAUGGUGCAGGAGCAGCGGCUAGUGCACGGCCUGGUGUUGAAGGACCCAAGCAUCUAUGACACACUGGAGUCGGUGCGCUCCUGCCUCUAUGGCGCAGGCCUGCUCCCUGGCUCUCUGCCCUUCGGGCCUCUGCUGGCUGCACCUGCGGGUCCCCGCGGGGGCGCGCGGCGGCUCAAGGGGGACACAGACGACGCCGUGUACCACACGUGCUUCUUCGGGGGCGCCGAACCGCAGGCGCUGCCGCCCCCACCGCCCCCCACGCGCGCGCCCGGCCCGGGCUCUACCGAGGCCUCGGCGUCCGUGCUGUGUCCCGCACCCCGCGCCACGCUCAGCCGCAGUGCCAGUGUGCGGUGCGCGGGCCCGGGCGGGGGAGGUGGCGGGGGCGCGCCGGGCGCGCUCUGGACUGAGGCCCGCGAGCAGGCCCUGUGCGGCGCCGCCCUACGUAAGACCAAGUACCGCAGCUUCCGCCGCCGGCUGCUCAAGUUCAUCCCCGGACUCAACCGCUCCCUGGAGGAAGAGGAGAGCCAGCUGUAGGGCCGCGGGUGGGCAGGCGGGAGGUAUUUAUUAUUUAUUUAUUCAUCGUAACAGCCAGUGCAAAAAGUGGGGGCCGUAGUGCCAGUCCAAGGACCCCAGGAGCCCAAAGCUGCGGGAGAGGGUCCUUGCUAGCUCU